AUGGCCGAGGCAGAAGAACGGAAAGAAGAGUAUUACCUUAGGCUUUUAACCUUUGUCAUUCGACCAGCAACAGAAGUUCUCCAACUUUACUUCGAGAUAAAAGUUUUAAACUCAUUGGAUUUUUUUCUUUUCUUAGAAAAUCAUAAGCAUGUCUUAUUUCAUGAAUUAAAUCCAACUAUUCCAUGUUGUGAAUGUAACAAACGUCCACUAGCGGCUCCACUGAAAAAAUGUCAUCUUACUGAUACUCAGUUUGAUACAUUGUUUGAAACAGACAAAGGAAACGAAGUUCAAGACCACAAAAGAAAACAAGGACACCAGAUAAAACAAUUAUGCCUUUGCAGUGUUUCAGCAAAAAGAAAGACUUCUGUGGUCUUAAUGGAUAUCACACUUUUGUCUUCUGUAAUUAAGUCUUGUUGCCAACCCUGGUCAAUUUCUGGAAACCCUUAUUGGAUAAAGGAUAUUAAAAAGACAAGAAAUUUCAUUGUUCAUUCUCCAUGUAAUAAAAUAUCUAAGUCCGAAUUUGAUCAAAAAUUUGCGUUAGUAGAACAAUCGGUGCUGAAUAUAGCAAGCGUACUAGGUCCUGUACAUCUAAACAUGAUCAAACGUCAAAUUUCUAUUUUUAAAAAUAGCAAUCUUUCGACAAUCAUCGACUCAGACCUAACACAGAAUAACGACAGUAUCUAUAAGAUUCUUGAUAUGUUCGUAGAAGAGCAAAAAAGAACCGUUGAAUCAUUUGCAAAUCAAACAAAGAAUUUGGUAAAGAAUACACAAGAAUUAAAUACCGAGGUUUUAAGCCGACUUGAAGAACAAAAAGAUCUCACUGUUGGCAUACGCAAUGUUGUAUUUGAGGUUAAAACAUUAUGGAAAGAUGAGCUGUCUAAAGCAACAGAUCCCAACAAAAAAGGACUUUCGCAUGAUAAUGACGUUUGCUAUGUAGAAUGGACAUUGGCAACACCAGGUAACUGGGAUGUAGAUGAAAUCCAGAAAACCUUGGAAAACUUUUCAUCUCUAAUGGGAAAAUAUUUCCGUAUAGUGUUUAUUUACAAGGGAUCACUGGUUAUUCAGACAUCAGCUCAAGUAUGUUACCUGCAAAACGACGAAGAAUUUCAAUUAGCUGUAAAAUCAUUUUUAAAAGGUUUCCUUGACGUUUGUGAUCUUGAUACGGAGACCAAAACCAUUGUUCAAGUAGAAAUUACGAUAUCCAAGGAGAAAUUUGAAUCAAGCUACUUGGUCUCAAAGAAAAUGGACAUCUCAUGGUUAACAUGCGACCUUUGCUCUAGUAAAAAUGACUCAUCAGAGGCUAUUCAGUUUUGCUCUGAAUGUCAGUAUAAGCUUUGUUGGCAAUGUAUAUCGAACCACAAUUUGAAUGCAGCAUUUUUCGAGCAUCAUUUGACUGAUAUUGGAACAUUAUCUUUAGAGAAUUUUUGUACAAACCACGAGGGCAGCAUUCUCGACUUCUUUUGUGUUGCACAUGACUGCUUAUGUUGUCUAUCUUGCAAGACCGAGGAACAUAAUUUGUGUCAAAAUGUGCUUCUUUUAGAAGAUGCAGCAAAAGAUGUGAAACAUUCAGUUAUGUUUCAAGAAUUAUCUCAUUCUGUGUUAAACAUUACAACGACAUUAAAUUGAGCAAUCACAAGUCAAGAUGUAAAUAUACAAAAUCUUAAUGAUGAUGAAUCUACGAUUUCAAGUCAACUUGCGAGUUACAAAGCUAAAAUAAUUAAACGAUUAGACGAACUUGAAGGAAUGAUUACACUUGAAACAAGUUCGUUAAAGAAUGAGCAAAGCGCUAAAACUGAGCUACAAAAAAAUAGUUUGUUGAAAAUUGAAAUACCGAUCAAAAAGUUAUCAAGGAAAAUAGAUCAAGCUUCUAAGUAUGGUUCAAAAAAGCAAUUGUUUGUCCUGAUUAAUAAGUAUAAACUAGAAAUUAUUGAUUUGGAAAUCAAACUUCAGAACAUCUUGCCAACACUUAGGACAAGAAGAAUGAUAUUCUAACCACGAGAAGAUAUUCAAAAUACUAUAACAUCAUUGGGAUCAACCAGAGUAAAUACUUUGCAAUACAAGGCAGAUUAUAAGCCAUCAAAAAUUCAACAAGUUCAGGUUCCAUCAUCAACUCCUCAGAUGCCAUCGAAAUUUGAAUUUGACCGUAAAAUAGAUAUCCAUCAAAAUGGGUCGAUCACCAAAAUGGGCAUUACAGAUGAUAACCGUCUCCUAAUCUGUAAUGCCAUCGGGACCUACCUACUGGUAUACAGUGACAGUGGAGAUUUCUUACAGGAUUGUCAUUUGUCUGGUAAUCCUCGGGAUAUAGCUGUUAUACCUGGUGAAGAUAAAGCUGUCGUUACGUUUCUUGAUCAGAAAUCAAUACAAUUUAUCGACAUUAAAAUAAUGAAAGCUGGUUCUACACAUUUUGUACCUUUUCGUUGCCGUGGAGUUACUAUCGUCAAAGAUAAGAUUUGUGUUGGUGGAUACUAUACCAUGAGACGUAAAAACUUAUACAUACUUGAUAAGCAAGGGGAAAAUGAAUUUACAGUGAAUGUACCGAAUGCUGGUGAUAUUGCAGAUCUACAUCCAGGUCCUGAUGAUAGUGUUUACUAUACAGAUAUCAAGUGUAACGCUGUAGGUAAUGUAACUCUGGAAGGCGAACAACGAUUAAGAUACACUUCAGAAGUUCUCAAGAGACCAAUUGCAGUUACUACCGACAAAAAAAAUAAUUUAUACGUGGCGUGGGAAGAUUCAAAUACUAUCCAACGAAUUACACCAAACGGAGAAUUCAUUGAUAUCAUCCUGAAUACGGAAAAUGAUAUUUGCAGUCCUACUGACAUUCUGUUAAGUAAAGAUUAUCGAAAGCUAUUUGUAUUGAAUUGCGUCAAAGAUAACACAUAUGUCCUCGUCUUCUCAUGUUCGUAAAUAAGAUUAAAAAAACUACUAAAAAAUAAAGAUAUUCAGAAAAAUGCUUUGUAUCA